AUGGUAGAAUCGGUCUUGUCUGUCGGUUUGGAGCUGACUGAUGUCAAGCACCGCACUGCAGUCAACCGCUACCAGUGCUUUAGUGAGGCCGUUGGAAUGAUGCUUGCUGGUCUCGUGUCAUGGGCAGUGCCCAAUUGGAACUACUUCGUCUCGAUUGCUACCCUCUCUUGUUUUGCGUUAUUCUUCUUCUUCAGUUGGUUCCCCGAGUCUCCACGCUGGCUGGCGUGCAGGGGUCGCGAGCAGGAGGCGCUGGCUGUUCUGCGGCGCAUAGCAGCCACCAACGGCUCCACGGUGCCUCCGUUCGCCUUGCAGGUGAUCCAGACCGUGGCCAAGAGCAAGACAGACAGGAGGGGCUUCCUUGGCAUCUUCUCCAGCUGGAACGUCUUCAGGAACACAGUAAUCCUCAUCGUUGCCAGGUCGGUGUACCUGCUGACUAUGUUCUCACCAGUGAUAGCGGUGAGCCAACUGAGUGCGAACCCUUUCCUGGGGAUAAUGGCUCAAGGGGCGGCCAUUUUCGCUGCCUUCUACGUGGUGAACUACUUUGGAGCGAGGUUCGGUCGCCGCUGGCCCGGUGCAGCCAGUGCACUCUUGGCCGCACUGGCCUGUCUUCUCAUCUUCUGCCUGUUCACUGCACACUUCGAGGGCGCACCCGUCGUGAUGGGGACCUUGCUGAUGCAGUUCAGCACCACUGCCAACAUGAGCAUGACCAACCUGCAGAGCAUCGAGGUGCACCCCACAUGUCUACGCCAGAUCGCAACCUAG